AGGCUGCAUUAAUUUGAAAAAAAAAAUCGCCAUUAUGAUUAGCACUAAAAUAUUAUUGUGUAUUUCUAUCCUUCUGGCCAUCAUUAGUUCUAAUGGAAACACGAACGCCCUGAAAUGUUACGUAUGUACUGGCUGUUCUACUGUAAAUGAUGACUACAUUCAGACAUGUACUCCGCAAACCACGGUUGCUCCGACCACAGAGUCAGAAGCGUCGCCCAGUGAACCGACUGAAGCCACAACAGAUACAACAACAGAAAUAUCAUCAGAAACAGUAACAGAAACGGUAACUGAAACGGUAACAGAAACAGUAACAGAGACACAAUCCAUUACAAACUCAAUAGAUCCAGAAGAACCAAAUACAACUGAAAUCACAACUACUACCACUACGGCACCACAAACUCCUCCUCCUGUUUCUAUACCGACUUUAGCGCCACUUACUACUCCACCCCCUGUAGAUCCAGAAGAAGGUCCUGAAGAAGGUCCUGAAGAAGGUCCUGAAGAAGGUCCCGAAGAAGGUCCCGAAGAAGGUCCCGAAGAAGGUCCCGAAGAAGGUCCCGAAGAAGGUCCUGAAGAAGGUCCUGAAGAAGGUCCAGAAGGUGGUCCAGAGGGAGGUCCAGAAGAAGGUCCAGAAGGAGGUCCAGAAGAAGUACCAGAAGGAGGUCCAGAAGAGGGUCCAGAAGGAGGUCCAGAAGAGGGUCCAGCAGGAGGUCCAGAAGGGGGUCCAGAAGGAGGUCUAGAAGAGUCUAUUAAGUAUGAUGUACAGGUAUGCAUUUUUUAUUACUUUAUUUUCGUCACUCUAGGCUCCAUGAUAAAGUUAUUUUGUUUAUGAACAUAAUACAUUAUUAUUUUAGCUAAUCAACAAUAAGAAUCUUUACAACUUUUUGCCUGCAAGAAGUAAACGCGAAACGAGAGAAGAUGAUGCAAGCAAUUUUAGAUGUCUCGUAACUUCCUAUGAAGUUGACGGUGAACAAAACGUUGUUCGUGGUUGUUCAGAAGUGUCAGAAGAUGAGGAUGAGGCACGCUGUCGAAAAGCAAUAGGUGGCAACUUUGAAGGCGACCUGCAAAGCUGCAUGCUCUGCGAUACUGAUUUAUGCAAUUCCUCGACAAAAGCCACGUUUGCUUUUGCUCUUCUCUUUAUCACAAUUUUAGUAUAUAUUCUGUAGGUCUCAAUAAGGUCUUCGUGUUAAUACUUUGUUUAUUCAAUAUCAAUCGUGUUUGAACGAGGUCAAACCGUAAUUGGUAUUAAGCUAAGUUUGACUGAAUU